GAAUAGAGAGAGAACAAAUGAGGAGCGGCAGCGUCACUUGCGUUCUUAGCCAGAAGAAAACGAAGCAAAAAGGAAACUGAUUCCAGAGCGGAAACGGAAUUCCUUCCACCCCGAAUAAAUUCCACAGCCCUCAGUUUUCUCCUCUUUAUUUUUAUCCCUCUUUAGUUCUCUCUUAAUCUUCUUCUGUUAUAUAUCCUAUGUGCUUCUGAUUUUUGUAUCUAUCUCUUUAUUGAAGUGCUGAGGUGGUGUGUUGUUGGAAUAAAUUGUAUUUAUUUGGGGGCAUUUAGGAGGUAUUUGGUGAGAGGAGCGUAGGGAAACAUUGAAUAGUGUGGCGGGGCUUGCUAAAUUGGGAAGGGGAGGUGGAAGCGGAUACAAGCGAAUAUCUUAUCCGAUGCUUGAAUAAAUGGUAUAAGAGAGAGUUCCAUGGUGUGAUUUGUAGAUUAUUACCGUCUUCGCUUCCUUCUUGUUCCAUUCACCAUCUCCACAGGGUCAGAAACAGAGAGAGGUUUCGGAAAGAUAGCUCCUUUCUUUCUGGUACUCAGAAAGUUUGCUCCUUUCUUCUUAUUCUCAUCCGUUCCUCUUCUUGUUCUUCCCAACUUCUGCGCUUUUCUUGAUCUUUUUAUUUUUUAUUUUUUUUGUGGUGAAAUAGAUAGUGAUAUUUUUGUUUGAUUUUAUAUGGAGAGGUGUUGAAUACUGGUAUUUGGAUAGUAAAAUAGAGAAAGAGAGUACAAGAGGGGAAAGGACACCAAAAUAUUAGUAUUAUAAUAAGAAAAGAAUGGCUGCCGAUCGGCGAAGGCACUCCAAUCUUCAGUGCUUCCUCACCCGCACCACCCCUUCCGUGCCGUCGCAUUCUCUCCCAAAGACAUGCAUUCGAGAUCUAAACAGCCUCUGGCACCCAGUCAUCAAGGGCGCGAUGGAGUACUUCACUCUCAAAGACCUCUGGGAUCAGUAUACCGAGUGGAGUGUCUAUGGUGCUGGUGUCCCAGUUGUCCUUAAUAAUGGCGAGACUGUAGUCCAGUACUAUGUACCCUACCUGUCUGCUAUCCAGAUUUACACCAGCAAAUCUCCUGUGGCUUCAAGGAACAUGCUGGAAGAGAGUGAGAGUGAUUCUUGCAGCGAUGACAGUGAGAGUGAGAAGCUGUCUAGGUCAUGGGAUACUGUAUCAGAUGACUCAGUCUUCGACCAGGAUGCUUCAUGGCCUACUAGGGAACACCUAGGUCAUUUGUGCUUUCAUUAUAUUGAGUAUGGUGCUCCUUAUGGAAGACUGCCACUCGCAGACAAGGUGACGGAGCUCGCUCGCACUUAUCCGGGUUUGAUGACCCUCAAGAGUGUGGAACUCUCACCUGCUAGCUGGAUGUCAGUUGCAUGGUAUCCUAUUUAUCAUAUUCCAGCUCGUAGAAAUGUAAAAGAUUUGUCUGCAUGCUUUCUGACCUAUCAUACAAUCUCCUCAGCUUUUCAAGAUAAUGUGACUGGGGAUAUGGAGAAAGAUGUACAAUUUGCUACCGGAAAUGGAAAUGAACUAAAGGAACGGAGCAACUGCAUCACUCUUUCUCCCUUUGGACUGGCCACUUACAAAGUACAGGGCAGUAUCUGGACAAAUCCUGAAUGUGCAGACCAUGAAAGGAUCCGGGACCUCAACAGCGCUGCAGCCUCCUGGUUGAGGCAGCUUGGAGUUCAUCACCAUGACUUCAACUUCUUCACUACUCACUGAUGUAAAUAGUUAUUGUUUCCUUUUUCUUAGUAGGCUGCUACAUGUCGCCAUCAUAUUGCCCUACUAAAGUUUGGAGAAUUCUGUGGAGGGUGAGAACUCUAGCUUCGGAGUAGGUUGCAGGGUUAUGGUGGAACAAAAACGGUGCUUUUUAGUUAAAAAGAGCUAACGGUGCAGAGAACUGAAAGUAGGUUUCGGUUACAUACUUUUCCUUUUCGAGAGAUUAUGAAUUUCUACAUUUUGGCACAUCAAUCUUUUAUUGACAGUUUUUCUUGUUGAAUUUGAGAUAUAGAAAUAAAAAAAAAGGUUUCUUGUA